AUGCAUUUUCCAGUGAGAAAGUGCUAUCAUGCGGCGAAGAUAUGCUUAAUAUUAGUGUUAGUAGUAUCUAUAUUAGCUUUAUUCGAACAAUGGCGAGGCGGGAAGCGAUCCGCUCGCGCGCAGUUCUCAGAUCCUCUCGAAGAAGAAUAUGAGCGUCAAAUCCUGGAAGACGAGGCCAGGAUUAUACCAGGUCUUGGAGAAGGUGGUGUGGCGUCCCACCUCAUGGGUGACGACAAGAUCCUGGGUGAAGAAUCAGAGAAGAAACUGGCUAUAAACGUGCAUCUGAGCGAGCGCAUAGCGUAUAACAGAACUUUGAAAGAUUACCGUAACCCAGCGUGCCAUCGCGUGCUAUACGAUGCGGAGCUACCAUCAGCAUCAGUGAUCCUCAUCUUCCACAAUGAGCCGUACUCCGUCGUGGUCCGGACUCUAUGGAGCGUCGUGAACAGUGCCCGCCGCGAUCGGCCGUGGUUUCAACAUGCCAACUUUAUGGAAAGGAACACUGGGAGGACUAUGACGCUAGGCUACCCCGGCCAAGACCCGUCCUCGCCCUUCGUGUACCUAAAGGAGAUCAUCCUCGUAGACGACAACUCGACGCUGCCCGAGCUCAAAGGCAAGCUCAGUCACUACGUGCGCACGCGGCUGCCGCCCGACCUCAUCAGGAUACUGCGGCUGCCGGACCGCGUGGGGCUGACUCGCGCCCGCCUCGCCGGUGCACGCUACGCCGUCGGAGAUGUCCUGGUGUUCCUGGACUCCCAUUGCGAAGGCCAGCCGGACUGGCUGCGGCCGCUGCUCCAGCGGACCAAGGACGACCCUCGGGCGGUGGUGGUGCCUAUCAUCGACGUCAUCGACGCCUCCAACUUCUACUACAGCGUUCAGGACCAGGUCUCAUUCCAGGUCGGCGGGUUCACCUUCAUGGGCCACUUCACGUGGAUCGAGGUGCCCGAGCGAGAGAAGAAGAGGCGCGGCUCGGACAUAGCGCCCACGUGGUCUCCAACGAUGGCGGGCGGGCUCUUCGCGAUCAACCGCGCGUACUACUGGGAGCUGGGAGCGUAUGACGAGCAGAUGGCCGGCUGGGGCGGCGAGAACCUCGAGAUGUCCUUCCGCAUCUGGCAGUGCGGCGGCACCCUGGAGACGAUCCCUUGCUCGCGGGUGGGCCACGUGUUCCGCAGCUUCCACCCCUACGGGCUACCAGCGCAGUCCGACACGCACGGUAUCAACACAGCCAGAAUGGCCGAAGUGUGGAUGGACGAGUAUGCUGAACUAUUCUACCUGCACCGACCGGACUUGAGGAAAAACCCCAAAAUCGGUGACGUGACCCACCGCAAGAUUCUCCGCGAGAAACUGAAGUGCAAAAGCUUCCAGUGGUACCUGGACAACGUGUAUAAAGAGAAAUUUGUGCCCGUCAGAGACGUGUACGGAUACGGGAGGUUCGUGAACCCAGCCACCAACAUGUGCCUGGACACGCUCCAGCGGGAAGGCAGCGCGUCCCCGCUCGGCGUGUACCCGUGCCACGCGCGUCUGCAGGCCACGCAGUACUUCAGUCUGUCCGCGCGCGGGGAACUACGCGAUGAGGAGGCCUGCGCCGAGCUGCAGCACUCCAGAGAUACUCCGAUUGAAAAAGGGCGACGUGUGCUAAUGUCAAACUGUCACGGAAAACUUAGAGGACAGAAAUGGCGCUACCUUCCCUCCGGUCAGCUACAACACGCCGCUACGGGCCUGUGCUUGGACGCGGGUUAUGACGCAGGCGCUGACGUCAUGGCGCGCCCGUGCGGGUCCAACGCGCCCGCGCAAAGAUGGAAGAUUGAUUAUAACCAGGACAACGACUUCAGGCUAGACAAAGACGAGGAGCCAAGCGAACAGGAACAGAGGCUGAGCAAACUUCGAAGGCAAAGACGAAUAUCCCGCUCCCUCCUCUCAUACACCGAAGAAACGCCCACCGACAUAGAAACCAACACAACCAUCCGCCGCCACACGCACAAGAAACGCCGCGGGAAGAAACACGGCAAGAAGCGCGCCCGCAAGAAACAUACUAAGAACAAGUUCAUUCUGAAACUCGUCAGAACUUUGGCCAAUCAUAGUGAAGAACAUUUAGAAGUGGACAUACAUUGCAGUCAUAAGAAGUUGUACCCGAAUAACAGUUUCGUGAGGGAUCUGGUCACUGUGUUGAACGAGAAAGACAUUAAGGUGAUCAACAACGGGCGCGUGUUCGAGCGCAACAAGGUGACGGAGAUGAAGGACGAGCGGCGCGAGCGCGGCGUCGCCAAAAUUCUGCACAAGCUGGACCUCGCCGAGCCCACGCCGCCGCCUCCCGCGCAGCCAACCAAGCGGCACCGCAGCAAGAAGCACAAGCACGCGCGUAUCGAACCGCUGCCCGACACACCAGCACCACCCGCCAUCUCCAAGAAGAUCAUCAUCGAGGACUUCGUCGAGGUCACCGCCGCGCCCGCCAACGACGCGCCCGUCCGCGCUCAGAAGCGUAAACGCAAACGUAUGCGCGCCACCAGCACCACAGCACCGCCCGCGCCCGUCAGCGAACUUAACGCACUCGGUGACGUCAACGAAAUUGCUGAGAGCGACGCGGCCGACAGAGACACAUUAUUGAAGUUACUAGGAGAGAAGACUGUCACGGGAGAGAGGGAUGACGACAGGAUGCAGAAAGUAUCUUCCGACGAAGACAGCCUGAAGGUGGAGCCCGCGUCGAUCGAAGAAGCGCCCAUGCUGGCGAGCGGCGAGCCCAAGCAGGACGGAGAUAUGCAGGACAACGGGGUAGAGCGGGACAGGGCUAGCUACGAGCAGUGGCCUAUGGGCGAGUCGCGCUUCCGCAGUGAGAACGGUAGCGUGCGCCGCAACGCUUGCAAGCACAAGCACCACAACCAUGACUUGGACGAACAGUUGCCGGCGCGCGCGCAGCUAACGUCAUACUCGAACGCGAACGAGCGCGCGCUGCAGCAGCAGGCGCAGGACGAGAUUGAGAUGCGAGCGGCCGAAACUGAUACUGCCGACGAAGCGUCUCCUCGGUCCCGGUCGCGCCCGACGGCGGCGCCGGCGCUGCCGGUGAAGGUGGUGAUGCGCAGCAACCUCACCUUCAACCUCGGUGACGAGUUCUUCGCCUGGAGGCGCCGCCCCGGACACGCCAGUGACUUACUCGGCGAGCUGUCCAUCCCGAGCAACGCGUCUCACGGCUUGUACCGCGCGCCGCCUGCGCACGCCUGGCUGCUGCCGCCGCGAGCCAGAGACGAUGAUCGCGCGGACGCCUCCACCGUCCGGCCGGACAGCGAGCCGGACGAGUCCAGUUCGUCGGACAGCAGCGGCGAAGCGUGACACGCAGACAACACACAAGAUUAAAAGUAUCACAGGAAUUUCUGCAUUCAGGCACAUACCAAAUUAACACGCACAAAACAUAAAUACCACAUUCAGCGUCAAAUAGUACGUGACACCCAAAGUAGCCAAAAAGUUCGCAACACGUCUUCAUUACAAUAAGGG